UGCCAACAAUAUAUCACAUUGAGAAAGUAGAGAGAAUAAUAGAAAUGGCUGGGAUUUUCAAGCUCCUCUCCUUGGUUCUUUUUGUUGCUCUAAUGAGCAAAGUGACUUAUCAACAGGGUUGCGAUAUUAGAAACAUUAAAAUUGCUCAAGUUGCAACCGGCUCGAAGGCAGGAGGCAAACCGGAGUGGAAAGUAACAAUCACCAAUGAUUGUAAAUGUACUCAAACUCAGAUUAAAUUGUCAUGCUCCGGUUUCCAGUCGGCUGAACCAGUUGAUCCAUCAAUUUUGUCCAAGAACGGUGAUGUUUGCCUUCUCGUAAACGGCGGUCCAAUUUUCGGCUUCCAAACAACGGUCACGUUUAAUUAUGCCGCUGAUUCUCAAUGUCCCUUCAAACCGGUUGACAGCAUCGUGUCUUGCUCCUAGAUUAAUUUAAUUUGGAUCCCAAAAUGGAAACAGUUGAAACCUUAUGUUUCGAGAGGUGUAAUUUGUUCUUGAGGAUGCUUUGGAUUCUUUUUUGAGUUCACACAAAUUCAAUAAUAGUG